UCAAGCUUAAGCCAUUUUGCAAUUUCCACUAUCCCCUUCCCUCUCUCUUUGCAAAGUUUUUAUUUGUCUAUCAGUUUCGCCUGCUCCUUGAUUUCCUUUAAUGGACACUCAAAACUUACUCUUCUUGUUAUGUUUCUUUGUCAUUUCUCUUUUCUCAGGUCAGCAACAAGUUGUUGAAGGUUCAAGGGUGUCUCCCUUUCCUUUCAGACCCAAGAAGCUGUUUGUGUUUGGAGAUUCCUAUGCUGAUACAGGGAACAACAGGAAAGAUUCGGCAAGUUCCUGGAAAUAUCCUUAUGGAAUUACAUUUCCUGGGAAACCUGCUGGCCGUUUCUCUGAUGGUCGUGUCUCCACUGAUUACAUUGCCGGGUUCUUGGGAAUCAAGACGCCAAUACCAUACAGAUGGAGGAAACAACUAGCUGGUCGCCUGAAGUAUGGGGUGAACUUUGCUUAUGGAGGGACAGGGGUUUUUGACACGUUGGCUCAGGAGCCAAACAUGACCACCCAGAUCGAUUUCUUGCAACAGCUUCUCAAUGAGUCGGUCUACACAAAAAGGGGCUUGAAAACUUCUGUGGCAUUUGUCAGCGUUGCAGGGAAUGACUACUCAACUUACACUGCCACCAACGGCUCUGCUGAGGGUUUUCCAGCCUUUAUUUCAAGCGUUGUGAGCCAAAUUACUGUGAACUUGAAACGCAUCCAUGACUUGGGAGUGGGAAAAAUAGCGGUGAGUGCCCUGCAACCAUUGGGGUGCCUCCCUCGAAGCACCGCCCGAUUCUCCUAUCAACACUGCAACGAAACUGAAAACACCCUUGUUAAUCUCCAUAACCAGUUGCUGGCUCAAGCUGUGAACAAUUUGAACAAACAAGCCAACAGCACCUCUUUCUUUGUUCUUGAUAUUUAUAAUGCCUUUUGGACCAUUUUCAAUGAGAAAGAAGCUCAUCAAGAAAGUCCAAAGUUUGAGAAUCCAUUUCAACCAUGUUGUGUUGGAGUGAGUGCUGGAUUUUCAUGUGCAAGUGUAGAUGAAAAUGGAGCAAAAAAGUACACACUCUGCUCAAAUCCUAAAUCAAAAUUCUUUUGGGAUACGGUUCACCCGACAGAGGAAGGAUGGCAAGCUGUAUAUUCAACUCCAGCUUUCCAAAACAGCCUCAAGCAACUUUGGUAGAAAUCACCAUCAAAAGUGACCUUGUCACUUUCUAAUGUUGACUUCUUGUUCUUGGUAUCUGUCAAAUCCUUCGUAGUAUCUUUUAUUCGUUUGUUUAGUACUUUUCCUGAUGUUAUCUUGGCUUGAAUAAUAAUAAUGGUGAGGAUGAUGAUGAUGAUACUUCUGUCUAAUGUACUUGAAUGGAUGUCAUUGGUUGUUGAUUUUUUGUUUGAUUAGCUGCAACCUUCCUAUAUGGA